AUGUCAUGGGUCAUGUCGACCUUUCUCGCUAUAAAACUGCAAUUUUAUUUUGAGCAGCGGUUUUCCUCAGGUUCAAUUCGCUCCAGGAUGCAUCCACUCGCACUGCUGACCAUAGGAUUCCAAGCCCUCAACGUUGUUGCCUUCAACAACAGUCGACGCGACAACUUGGUGGUCUACUGGGGCCAAAGUUCGAAUACAACUCACCCUCAGCACCGACUAGCUUUCUAUUGUGCAGACAAUGUCAUUGACGUUUUUCCUAUUGCAUUUCUUCACAAGUUUCUCGGAACCGGAGGCGCUCCUGAAAUCAAUCUCGCCAAUACAUGUAACCCCGGGGAAAAUGGUACUUUUCCUGGAACGAGCCUCAUAAACUGUGCUUCCCUUGCACCGGAUAUCACUAGUUGCCAGGCAAAAGGGAAAAUUAUCACGUUGAGUUUAGGAGGGGCUGAGGGCUCCUUCGGCUUUCAAUCUAGCAGUCAGGCAACGGCAUUCGCCCAUACCAUCUGGAAUAUGUUCCUUGGUGGCAGCUCCGCGACUCGCCCGUUUGGGCAUGCAGUUCUUGAUGGAAUUGAUCUUGAUUUUGAGAACGGAACCUCAGAUUACUUCGCCACAUUUGUAAACACAAUACGUUCCUUGGAAAAGGGCACAGAUAAAAGAUAUUAUAUCACCGCUGCACCUCAAUGCACCUCCCUGGACAGUGCCUGGAGCGGCCUUCUCAAUUCAACAAGUUUUGAUGCAAUUUAUGUCCAAUUUUACAACAAUCCUUGUGGACUCCAGAACUUCGGCUCAGCAUCGUAUUGGAACUUUGGCCUUUGGGAUCAUUGGGCCCGAAAAACGAGUCUUAACAAAAACGUCAGGGUGUUGAUCGGAGCACCUGCUUCAAGUGGCGCUGCACAAGGGGGCUACGUCAGUGUCAACACUCUAAGGAACAUUACGGUCCAGAUGCGAAAGAGCUUUCCGUCAUUUGGUGGUGUAAUGUUAUGGGACGCGUCGCAAGCCUACGCCAACAACAGAUACGACAAAGCCAUUAAAAGUGCACUCUCCGCCGCGGAAGGAGCAAGCUAUAAGCUUCCCAUUUGCUUUGCGCCUGCAUACGCCAUUGGAAUUGAGUACCCUGCCAGUUCGGAGGUUUCCUUUGAAGGAUAUAUUUGGCAGGCUAAAUGGUCCUCCUCGUCCAAACCAACAAGCGAUCCGAAUGGUGAUUGGAGUCCAAUCAGCGCGUGCAGGGGCACUGCCGCGUCAUCUCACUCGUUGAACUCCACGUCCGUUUGCGACGGGAUCGCUGCGUGGUCGAGUAGUGUAGCGUAUCUUGGUGGAAUUCACCAUCUGUGGACUGCCAAGUGGGGCACUCGUGCCAACGUUCCGGGAGGCGCCGCCCAUGUCUGGACUAACAACGAAGCUUGUACUUCGUCCGCGUUGCAUCACGUUAGCACCACAUCUAGCUUUCCGGCCACUAGCACAUCUUCCCUUCCUGCACCCGACUACUAA